AUGCCAAGACCUGUAAACAGAAACUUAUUAGAUCCAAUAACUGACAGGAAUAUUAACCCUAGGCCUUAUCUUGGCUACAUGUUUGAAACUGCUCAACUUAAUUUAGACUCCGUAAUUUUAAAUGCGAUACGACAACGUUACUCCGCCUUCUUACUGCAAUUACUUAAGGAAUUGCAACAAAGGCUUCCAGACAACUACAAGCAGCUAGAAUCAAUGGCGUUGCUAAGUCCAGAGGAGGCAAUAAAAACAAUCAAGUCAAACACUAUCAUCGACGUUGCUGAAAUUUUGGGAUUUACACCAGAAAUAAUAGACAAGAUAAUGCAACAGUGGCACAUUCUACAUAUAAAUAUAAAUAAAGUGGCAUUCUGA